CCUCUCUAUUUAUUUUUUCCGCACUCUCAUUUUCAUUGUGGUUGAAGGUCCAGAUUUGAUUUGAUUUGAACUCUAAUUAGGAGGUGUUUUCUUUUGCUUCUUUAAGAUCAUUAUCUUCUACCAGACACUCGUUUACGCGCACUAUUCAUAGCCCAGAAGCUCAGGUAUUGAUACUCUCGAGGUGCCACUAUAUCAACAACUCGUUUUAAUUUUUUUUUACCCCUUUUGAUCUCUCUGAUUUUUCUUCUUUUGGAAAAUCAAUCAUAAUAGAAUGGCCUGGGUGAAAUGGACUCAUAGUCCCACCACUGCAACCUUGAUUGCAACACCAACCGUGGAUCUCAAGGAAAGAGCUUCCACUAGCACCUCGUCAUCUCUGUCCUCGAGUGAUAGUUGUAAAAAUAGCGAUAGUGGAUCCUGUCAAAAACCAGUUUCAGAAAACGCGUUAACUAUUGGUUUAGCUGUUGGACUUCCAGUCUUUUUAAUUAUUGUAGUAUUAGGGUAUUUUAUGUGGAAGAAUUACCGAAAGGAAAAGAAGGAAGCAUUGGAACAUGAUCCUGAUUUUGAUGAAAAUGGUGAAGCUACUGCAUUACCAGAUUUCCCAAAUCAAAAACAAUAUGAAAUGGAAGAUCCAUUCCAUAAUAGAAACUCGUUAAGAUAUCCAUUACCAGAUGCAAAGAACAUUCAUCCUUCAUCGUCAUCAUUGACUCCAUCUCGUGACCCAUAUAUGGAUAGUGUUAUGUUACCAUAUCAACAUCAAACAGGAUCUAAGCUUUCAUUGGAUGAAUAUGCUAGAAAUCUUAGUGAGUACCAAGCUUAUGGUGCAUCUACUCCUAGGGCAUCCACAUUUAUGGGUGGUGUUCCUCAUGGUCAAUUUCAGAACAAAACAAGAUCUUCAAGUUUUUCAAAUGCUAGCUUGGGAGUUGGUGCAUAUGGACCACCACCCUCCAAGAGUCCAGGACAUUCUCCAACAAAGAAUAGAAAUUUCGUUGAUCUCUCAAAUCCACAAGAACAACAACAACAAGAACCACAACAAAAGCAAAAACAACAACUGCAGCAACCUCCUGCUAGUCCAACGAAAAGAGAGGCUGGUGAGAAAUAUACUGCUGUUCCAAAUCAAUCUACUACAUCAUUUGGUCAAGCAGAAUUUUUCAAUGCAAAGGAAUCUUUUACUUCAAACCAAUCUAGUUCUGAUUUGGAAUCUGUUAGCAAUUCUGAAUCUGAAGAAAGUAGAGAAGUUUCUGGAGCUAAUGGAGAAAAGUUUGCAGUUAAUUAUGAAAAUGAAGGUGAACUUGAUAUGGGAGGUAUAGGGCCAGAUACUACUGUUCAAGAUGGUCACUUCCCUCAAGACCCCCAACUUGAUGAUGAUGAAGAUGACAGAACUUCUUAUAAUACCACCGAAGAACCUCAUGACAUUACUGAUGUUAGAUCAUCCAUCCCACCUCCAAAUGUAGAUUUAUCAUUUGAACAAAGCUCCGCUAAUGGUGAAGGAUACGAGAAUGAUAGAGAAACUAUUCAAGAUAACGAUUACUCCAGAGAAGCUGCUGUAACCUCUCCAUUUGAUGAAGGUGCAAUUCCGUCUGAUCAUGACGCUUUUGAAUUUUCACAGACUAUGGACACGACUGCUUCGUCUGCAAACCAAAGUGGAUUAACAGUACCUACUCAUGAAGAUGAAGGUCAUGAAAAAGGUGCCAAUAAAUUACGAAUGUCAGAUUUCAAUUUAUUGAAAAAUGAUAGUGACGGAGAAGAAGAAGAAUUAACUGAGGACCAAAAGGAAGAAUUGAAGAGAAUGAAAUCAGUUUAUAAUGUUUAUUUUGAUCGUAAUAAUUCUAUCAAGGUUCCGAAUUCUAAGGGAGAUGGAAAUGAAAGUGCUGGGCCAACUACUUUCCAACAUGAUACUUCACAACCAUUACCAGAAUUUGCCCAUAAUCAAAAUUAUUUGAAAAUUAAUAAUCAUUUGAAAACCGAUACUGAUUAUGACAAGAGAAUGACUACCACCUCCUCCAUUUAUACCGAGACACCUGUUUUCUCGCAAGAAGAAAGACAAUACUAUCACCAGCAACAAGAGUUUGUCGACGAGCAGCAGCAGUUUGAUCAACAACAAUACGAACAACAACAAUAUUAUUACCACCAACAACAACAACAACCACGCGAGGCUGUUGAAUUACCUCCAUUACAACAACUUCCUCCACCAUCAGACAUUCGUAAGUCUACGUUACAAACGUAUACGGAUUUCCAACCUAGAUCCAAGAAUCUAAACUUAUCUCCAACCAUGGGAAAACAACCAUUUGUCCCAAUCGAGAAUGAUGGGGUUUGGUCUGCUCCUAUUUCUUCCCCUCAUAAUGGCUCUCAAGCAACUUUUGGAGACGAUGGACAAAAUACUGCCCCACCUCCAUUAACCCACUCAGCUCCAUCAGCCACUCAACUUUCAAGAUCGUCCGUUGUUAUGUUGAAUCCAGUGACUGAAAUCACUAAACAACGUAAGUUCAAACCUGCGGGAUCAAUUGGUGGAAACGGUUCAAGUGGCUCCUUAACCAACCAAUCGAUACGUAAUCAGCAAUAUGCCAACAUUCAUCAAAACCAACAGUACCAAGCCGAACAACAAAAUGACUUGAUCCCUGGCAAUAGAAAGAGUGAUGUCAGAAGGAUGAUGAACACUAAUUUUUAGACGAUUCUUUUACGCAAAAUCUAAGUUUUUUUUUAUUGUAUGCAUAUUAUAUAGUAUAUAUAUACAAAGAAAAGUAUAGUUCUAAUGAUACCUAUAAGGUCUA